AUGUCAAACUUGUGCCUAUUGGUACUAUUGGCGACGAUCUGCUGUUGUAUGGUCCACUCGUACCAAUUCUAUUCGAAACGAGAGCUCGCGCCAUCGCUCACAUUGCAUCGAUUGAACGCGCUCAAGGAUAGCAUCGAUAUGCUAAACGACGCGACGAAACGGAAGAGGUGUCAAGAGAAAGCUCGCGAACUCGCCAAAUCUCGUCCGAAGCGCAUGAUUUCGCCGUCGCUUCGCCUCUCGGAACUCCUCGAUCCCCUCGUUCAACCCGCCGAACAGCCAUACCUCAAAUCCGGCCAACCUCGCUUCAUCCAGCAGGAUAUCAAUGAUCCAUGCGUCGCUUUCUAUGACGACGUUGAUGCUGUGUUGCUAGACGAACUCCUUCGCGACGUCGUCGACACCUCGAUGUCCGAACUUCGUCAGCGACUUCAGGAGGCCGUGUUCGCAGCCGCAUUCCGUCGUCGAAUUCAACUCUCCGCUCCACAAUCGUCAGCUGCCAUCGACAAUGCUUUAGAUCAUUACAUGAAAGUCCACAAUGACGGCCUACAACAAAAGCUAUCAUUGGCUCUAGAGACCUUCACGACCACCAAAUCACCAGUCACUUCUCGGCCAGUUCAGUUGAUCACCGCCGAUAGUCUCGAGGAUGUCGGAAACGCCGGAGGGAGGAUGUUCGACGAUGCUCUUGACAAGGAGCCUAUUUUCUCAUGGUCCGCCAAUCUCCAUCAAUUGCCUCGCGUCCCUAUAUGGGUCGCAAUUGUGGUGUGCAUCACGUGCCUCGCAUGCUUCUUCAUAUUUGUUGGGACCAUCAUCUACUACAUUUCGCAAAAAAGAAGAAAACGCGAAAUUCGAAUGGCUCGCCGUCGAUUCAACACAAUGCCGGAUCCGUUGACAGUGGCCGGAUUGUGUCGAUCAUCGGAAUGCUCGAACAUUCCCAUCGACGAUCCGUGCUGUGAUCCAAAUAAUCCGUUGACACUAAAGUUUAGCGAUAUUUCAUUGGCUCAGCAUCGAAUUCAAAGCGGCAUAGUCCGAACGGAUUGCAGAAAAUCUCGAGGUCUCUCGAAAUUAUUCGGCUUGAAUUUGUCGCUAAAAAUGGAAGUGAAUCAGGAUACGGGCAGUUUCAAGGAACGCGGAGCCAGAUUCGCAUUGCUCAAUUUGAACGACGAAACCAAGAAGAAAGGAGUCUAUGCGGCAUCGGCCGGAAAUCAUGCAUUGGCACUAUCGAUGCACGCGAAAAGUCUCGGCAUCGAGGUGAACGUGGUGAUGCCUAAAAUCGCUCCGCUCAUGAAAAUCGGAAGAUGUCGCGAUCUUGGUGCGAGAGUUCUUGUCGAAGGCGAAGACAUUGCGAAAUCACGAGAAAUCGCUCUGCGCAUGGCGAAAGAGUCCGGCGGAAUGUACAUAAAUGGCUAUGAUCAUUAUGAUAUUCUCGCUGGGGCGGGAACGAUUGGAUUGGAAAUCAUUGAACAGGUCAAAGAUGUCGAUGCGAUUCUAGUUCCUGUCGGAGGUUGUGGUCUGAUCGCAGGAGUGGCGACAGCUGUCAAGAAAUUGUCGCCGACGACGCAGGUGAUCGGAAUCUGCAGUGAGACAUGUCCGGCGUUGAUUAAAUCACUAGAAGCCGGACAGCCGGUGUACACGCCGACGAAGCCGACGUUAGCUGACGGAUUAGCGGUUCCAAAUAUUGGAUACAACGCGUUUGCCUCAAUAAAAGGAAAAGUCGACGACGUGAUUUCCGUUCCGGAAAAUGAUAUCGCAGUAGCGAUUCUUCGUCUAAUCGAGACCGAAAAGGUGGUUUGUGAAGGAGCCGGAGCUAUUGGAAUCGCCGCACUGUUAUCCGGAAAAUUGGAUCAUUUGAAGGGCAAAAAUGUGGUUUCGAUUUUAAGCGGCGGAAAUAUUGAUAGCACUUCACUCGGCAGAUGCAUCGAUCGAGGAUUGGCGUUUGAUCAUCGCGUUAUUCGUGUCAGCGUAAUUAUCAAUGACAUUCCUGGGGGUCUUGCAAAUCUCACAAAAUUGAUCGGCGAGGAAAAUGGCAAUAUUAGGGACCUUUACUUGGAACGAGCAUUUUUGAGAAAUGACAUGUCUAGUCAGAGGGUCAAAAUGGUCAUCGAAGUUCGCGGAAAAGACCAAGAAGAGCAUUUGAAAGAAAAACUGACUCAAAUCUACUCAAAAGCGAAAUGCUCAUUCAAAACCGGAAGAUUGCCCGGUGUCGAUUCGAAAUCGUAUAAGACGCAAUAA